AUGGCCGCCAACGUCAACCGCCCCGUAGUGAAGGAGCAGAAGGACGCAGAUGUCAACCGAAAGCUCCAGAUUUACGGCAUCAUCUCUGCUUUUAAGCAUGGCAAGGUUCCAUCGAACGACCAAAUCGACGUAGCUCUCAACAGUUUCUUGGAGUCACAAGCUCUAUCCAAGCCCUCAGAGAAGCUUUCCGCAGAUGGCAAGCUCCUUGUUCAGGACCUCAAAGAGGUUGUGCAGCAGUCCAAGAACCUUAUACUGUCCAAGAAUCAAGGAGAUCUGAUUCAGGACUUUAUUUGGCAAACCACCCAAUAUGAAUACAAGAGCAUCACUGCUCCUGGCGCUCCAGUGGAUAAGGACACUGCCAAGCGAGAUGGAGACGAGGCUCUUAAGGGAUUGAGGACUCUUGGAACCCUCAUUAUCACCAACGGCCAGUUCCGAAAGCUGCUCAAGGACUUCUCUAUUCUUGUUCGCGAUAUUGCGGGGGAUGCAGCCAGCAAUGCUGCAAACAAAGUCCGCCCUUCGGAAGAACAGUUGGGCCAGCUUGAUGAAGCUGCCCCGGACAACACCUGGCAUGAGAAGCCCGACCUGAGCAAGGAUAAUCUUAAGAAGCAAGCCCAGAACGUCUAUGGUGGAAAUGCCAAGAAGGAUGCCAAAGAUGUCGCUCAAGCCGGCAUCCAGGCCUCUAAUGUUCAGCAACCCAACCCUCAGCAACCCAACCUUCAGCAAUCCAACCUUCAGCAAUCCAACCUUCAGCAAUCCAACCUUCAGCAACCCAACCUUCAGCAACCCAAUGCUUCUGCUGGAGUCGAUAGGCAGGCCGUUCAGUCCGCCGUCAGACAGGUCGCUGAAGACAAGGUCGACCAGCAUGUUGAUGACGAGACCAAGCAAAAGAUCAAGGAGCGCAAUGCGGAGUAUCGUCGACGGGCUCGAUCUUACUUCGAUAAGAAAAUGCCCAAGGAGCGUAAGGAUCAGAUCAUCUUCAGGCUAAAGAAGAUGAUCCUGGAGUGUCAGCAACACACCGAUUACAUGGAGGCGAUUCAAACCCUGCUCCGCCUAGCUGAGAACUACGGCAGGCAUGGGCGCACAUUUGGAUCCGGCUCGGCUUCCACUGCCAAAGACACUCGGUCGGGCUUUGCCACUGCUGAGGCUGACCUCCGUACCAUCAUCGAACGUUUUGCCAAUGGUACAUCCACCGAGGAUCUCUGGGCAUCGAUCGCUCAGAUCUACAAGGAUGCUGAGCACGACGAAGAGCUUCGCAACUGGUUCAAGACUGUGGACGCUUACGUGCGACGUUGUCUCCUCGAGCAAGGGUACAUCCUGGAGGACGAGUCAACCGUUGCGUGGGACCGUCUCUACGACCAGGGCAGGUACCUGCUUCGCGAGAAGUACCGAAGCCACACCGACCGAGUCCUCGAUGAAAUCAAGUUUGUCGCCAACCAAUUCGACGAGGAUGCUCAGAACAAGGCUUUUGCUAAGUCUGUGGAGAAGCUCUUCCACGACUUGGGCAACGAUGAGUAUGGAAAGGCUGUUUUCAAGCCUCAUCUUCUCAAGGAUUUGACCGAGGUUAUCAUCCCGGCCGUUUUGGAGAAGAUUGCGUACGUUCCCAUCCCGCGCAUCGAGUACUCUGAUCCCAAGAUCGACGCUGUCAUUGAAAACCUCGUUUUGGAGAGCGACAACUUCAUGCCCAAUGUCUUUGAGAUCGCGAGCGAGAACUAUGUGCGACUGGGACGUAAGAAGUUCAGCAAUAAGCAUAAGCACAAUAUCGAAGUCAAGGCAUCCGGCAUCCAGAUGGAUUUGCGUGAUGUUGGUUUCCACAUCAAGCGCAAGCAGGGCUUCCCUAGCAUCACCGAUACUGGUGUAGCCGAUAUUAUACUGCCUGGUAACGGUUUCUCUUUCAAAUUGAAGAUCUCGUCGGCCGAUAAGAAAGACAAGCAGCAUUUCUUCAAGAUCGACAAAGUCGAUGUCGAUUUUAAGGAUCUAAAGCUGAAAGUCAUCAAGUCCAACCACAAGCUUCUUCUUACUCUGUUCAAGCCUCUUGCCCUCAGGGCCAUUCGACCUGUGUUGCAGAAGGUUGUGGAAGCAGCUAUCAAGCAGCAAUUUGAUCGACUUGAUGCCUUGUUCCAUGAAGUGAAGUUGGAGGUUGAUAAAAUGGUGACUGAAGCCAAGGGAGACCCUGAGAAUGCUCCUAAUAUUUACAAGCGAUACUCGACCGCCUUCCAGAAGCGUCUUACGCAACAUAAGGAGAAGGCUAAGGAGAAGGCUAAGAAGGCCACCGCAGACAAGAAAUUCAACAUGGCCAUUACAAAGGAGGACAGCAUUUUCCCCAAUGUCGAUUUGCCGGGUGGAAUCAGCUCCAAGGCUACUGAGUACAGAGAGCUGGCUCGCAAGGGUGAGAAAUGGGAAAGCCCAGUGUUUUCGAUUGGCACCGCAAAGCACAGCACCGGCCUUCCAUCUGCUCCAAAGAUCGAACGCAAGGCUCACCCAGCGACAAUCGGUCAUACCAACGGUCACACCAAUGGUGCAACUCACACUAAUGGUGCAACCAAUGGUCACACGAACGGGGCAAGUAACAUUCCUCGCAGCGCCAACCUUGCUGGGGGCGGCUCUUACAAGCCAACUACCACCGAGUUCCUCCCACCUCAGGUUGCUUCCCAGGCUGCUCCAACUCAGGCUUAUCCUACCCAGGCUGCUCCAGCUCUUCAAAACUAUUAG